ACUGUUUUUGAAGAUGCACACUCACUCUGCGGAAGUCGUCCUCCAGCAUGCUGUAAUGUAAAUACACUAGCUGAAGAAUAUAAGUUCGAGAAUCGUUUCUCUCGGGGGGUUGUCGAGCAGGGUCCCACACAGUCUGCGGACAUCACGGUCGCCGGGGAGAUGAAACUUAAAGAAUUGGAGAGCUGCCUACAGCAAGUGGACGCAUUUGAAGAACCAAAAAUCCUUCUGGAGCAAUAUCCAACGAGUCCUCACAUUGCAGCAUGCAUGCUUUACACAAUCCAGACUACGUUCGAGGACAUCGAGGGCAGACUAGUGGCCGACCUGGGAUGUGGCUGUGGCGUCCUCAGCAUCGGGGCUGCGAUGCUCGAUGCUGGUCUGUGCGUCGGCUUCGACAUCGACGACGACGCGCUGGACAUAUUCAGACGAAAUGCAGAGGAAUUUGAGAUUUCGAACGUAGAUCUGGUCCAGUGUGAUCUGUGUGCUCUGGAUCCAGAUGCUUAUGCCGAAAAGUUUGACACCGUAAUAAUGAACCCCCCAUUUGGGACAAAACACAAUCAAGGUAUGGACAUGAAGUUCCUAAAAGCUGCUUUAACAAUGGCAAAGACAGCAGUGUACUCGCUUCAUAAAACAGCAACACGAGAACACAUUCAAAAGAAGGCUAAUGACUGGGGAGUAAAGAUGGAAGUAAUUGCAGAACUAAGAUAUGACCUGCCAGCAUCUUACAAGUUCCACAAAAAGAAAACAGUCGACAUCCAGGUGGAUUUCCUACGAUUCUCCAAACCCUGAAGCGUUCACUGGAAUGGAUUUAAGUUGUCUCUGCAUUUUAACUGUUUAUAAUAAAUGUUUCAAAAGAAAAAACUCCGGGUGUGACCUUGUGACUAAGAUCCGUUUUCAGUUUUGGCAACCUUUGCUGCAGGGCCAUCAGCAUCUUCUCGUUCUCUCUUUGGGGCUGCAGGUGCUGGACAAGAAGCACAACGCAGUGAAGAAAUUAUUACCCUUUUUUUUUUUUAAAAAAAGGAUCAUUAUGUUGCCAUUAUAUGAAAUUCUGAAGAUGCUUCACUUACCAUCCUCAUCAUCACUAUCAAAUUUCGUCUUUUUGCCUUGGUACUGAUUCCUGCCAUGAUCCCUGCCACCUCUCCCCCUUCGUCCUCCUCUUCCUCCUCUGCCACCUGAUCUUCCUCUGCCUCCUUUAAGAUGGACAAGAUGCAUCAGUGCCAACACAUGAAUACUGUAAAUAACUGAUAAUAUAACAUGACAUAUUGAUCUAUUGGUAUUCCAGUUUGAAAACAGUAUUCACCUCUGCCUCUGGACCUGUUGUAUGAUUCUUGUUGAGCUUCGAUGAUCUUCUUCAGUUCCUCUUUCUCCUCAUCUCCCUCGAUCACCUGCCAUGUAACGCUGUUUUUCUUGAUCUUCAACUCUCCUCCGUUUGCCUCCUUGGCCUUGUCGAAUGCCUCCUUUGCAUUUCCAUCGAAAAGGAGGGUGCCCUUUGUUUGAAAGUAAAAAUACAAAAUUUUAACAAUCCCAUCUCUUCACCUUGAGUUGUAGAUUGGAAUUGUGGAGAUAUAUUUACCUCUUUGGCCCCUCUAGUAAAGUCAACCCACUUUAUCUUUCCAUGGCCAGAGAACAAUUCAUGAAAGUCCUCUCUUGAAACAUCUUCAAGCUCUCCUGAAAACUUCAGCAGGCAACCCGUCUGUUCAUCCAGAAGCAGACCCUACAACACAAAUGACAAAUUCUUAUUAAGGUGAUCAUAUUCUGUACGUAUGAGUCCAUCCCAGUGAAAAACAAGCUAGUUAACUUGUAGCGGGAUCUUACCAUUUCUUUAUCUUCUGCAUGUUUCUGCUGUUGCUCCUUGUCUCUGAAUAAUAUAAUUUUAGUUGGUUAUUAAGUUUUUACAAAAUGUAAAUUGUGAUUUUAAUACAAAAUGGUGAAAUGAA